CCGUUGUCCGGGCCGGAAUCGGCAUCGAAAUCGUCAUCCUCCCCCUCCGACGAUAGGAUCACUUCUGAAUGUGAUUCCGAUCAGUCCGAGAUAUCACGACUAUACCUGCCGAGUCCUGUAUCUCUCGGUCCGCAAGCGCAUCUACAUCCCGGCGCUCAAAACAACCAUGGGAGAGGAGCCUGCAGCACCGAGGACAGCAAACUGCCUUUGCACUCUACAUUGGCAUCUUUCAUUCCCUCCAACAACAAUAUUUUGGUCAGGAUUGUGCCCUGAGGUCGACCAUCGUCGCCUGUGUCCGGUCGGCCCUAGACGAUAGGCACAUCGCCAUGGUUCGAGACAUCCUCCAGCACCAAGUCAACACGGCGCACGAUUCCUCUGAAGCAUUAUUUUACCGCCUACUUGGGACCCAUGGAUUUCCUCACCAGUCCCAGAACGGCGAUCAUUCCGAGCUGGAGGCAUAUGUUGCCAUGGCAUCCCUCCUUGGUCUCGACCCGGACGACUGCGUCGCCUUGGCGAGCCCUUCCCGACCUUGCCGCUCCAUCGACAUGAUGGGCUAUCUGCUCCUCAGCAGAAGCAUCAACAGAUGGGCCGAAGUCUGCGAUGCGAGCGCCGACGAGCCGCUCCUUGCCCCCGGCACGAAUCAUAUGUUUACCAAAGCCGACGUCCUCCACCAAUACGUUCUCCAGCAGCCCCUUUAUGCGGGCUCACUACACCUAAAUCAACACACGACAGUACGCGGCUGUGCCACGUGGUGCAACCAGGUACUGCGUAACAAACUGGACAGUCGGUCGUUUUUUUAUCUUCGGGAUCUGCGGCCCUUGGGUGGGCCAGCGGAACAGAAAGGGCAAGCAGAACUCACGUGCCUCCUCUGGCAUGCCCUCCAUACGUUAUCACACACCCCCCGGUGCACCCCGCCGGCUUGGGCUUCAACCUCGGAGCAAGAUCUCGGGGCCAGUGCCGUCGAAUUGCUGUCGGUUGUUUGCCGUCUCGUUCUGCGCCGGCCUAACCCCGGAAUGCGUUCCGACAACCAAGGGAAUGGCAAGGGCAAGGAAAAGGAAAAGGCAUCUCGCGUCAACUUGGAGAUGGGUAUUCCUCCCGUGGGACGGGGGACCGGGUUCCUUGAGACGGCUCUAGAAGGCGCUCGAGCUCUUGUCAGGCUUGAAGACAAGGAGCUCUGGGAUGUCUUCCUCGCCGAGUUUCUAUCGAUGAAUGAGGGCAGCGCGGCUGGGUAUUCCUCGCCUACUUGCAUUUCCUCGCCCCUCGACGUCGACAUCGUGAAGGACCUGCAGCAAGUCAUCGCCACAACAGCUGGUAUCACGGUGCCAUACCAAUAUCUAGCCUCGAGCAUUGCUUUGCUGCCUGCGACUACGGAAUCUUCGCGCCGCGAGCCGGAACAAGGGGAGCUUUAUCCCGAAGGCCUACAUUUCUCGGCUCUUGACCGAAGCUUCCUUCGGCAAGAUAGGAACAACAUGUUAGAGCCCUACUGUGGUCGGGACACGGAUUACGGUGGCCUUGUAGUCUUUGGCACCGGCGACAGUUUGCGGCAACAGUACCGGGGAUUCCAUCAACGUUAUCCCCUCGACAUCCUGUCCGUUGAUGCUAGUCCCAUUAUCGACCCAUCGGCGUCGCAAUCUUUUGCACACGGGAACGUGUUUCUCGGUCCAGGCCCAGGUUUCGACUCGGCUCCUUCUCCGCACACUCAGCCUCUCGUGUUACCGUACGAAGCUCUCGGUGGGCGCAUCACUCCAUCUCUGAACUGCCCCCGCUGGUUCAGCAUUCCUUGGUUUCUCCUUCCUGCUGACAGUCGCUUUCAAACUCGUUUCCCUUUAUUGUAAUUUUCAUUUGUCAUAUCCGUACCGUCGCCUUCCGAGCG